AUGCCAUCUGGUUCACCUGUUGCCCUCAUUCUCGGAGCUGGCGCCAACGUCGGACAGAAUGUUGGCCGAGCAUUUGCUGCCAAAGGCUAUAGGGUCGCAUUCGCAUCCAGAAGCCUGAAAGAAGAAGAAAGCACCCCUUCGCAGGUGCACGUCCGGGGCGACUUCACAGAUCCGCUUUCCGUAGCUGAGAUCUUCGCGAAGGUGAAGACACAGCUUGGACCCCCAUCGGUGGUAGUUUAUAACGCUGGUGCUGCAACCCCUUAUGAUGCAAAGAAUCCACUGGGUCUUGCUUUAAAGGACUUCAACCGUGACUUCGCCGUCAACACGACCAGCGCCUUCGUAGCGGCUCAGCAAGCUGUGCUCGCUUUCGAGCAGCUUCCGAAGUCUGCAUCGAGGACUUUCAUCUUCACCGGGAAUUGCACUAAUGUCGCUCCCAUUGUAGCGCUGAUGGGCCAGGGCGCUGGCAAGUCAGCCACCGCCCAUAUAAUCCAUUGCGCGGCAGAAGGUUAUAAGGAUAAAGGGUUCAAAUUCUACUAUGCGGAUGAAAGGAAUGCGGAUGGCUCGGCCGUGUAUAGGGCUAUCGACGGACCUGCACACGGUGUAUUCUACACUGAGCUCGCUGAUGGGACCUCACAGGGCCCAUGGCAUCAGACAUUUGUCAAAGGUGUUGGAUAUAAGAAGUUCUAG